ACAUUGCUAUGUCGGACGAGAAGAGUAUAUGAGCUCUUACCUGGGGACACUACAGCAUUCAGAUCGAACAGGGAAGUGGAUAGUACAUCUAUCGCAAUGUCUGUGAGUUAUCCCAGAGGAACUAUACUCCGGUGAUCUUGACUAAACGCCGCGAAAAGACGGGAGCUACAGACGAGGGCUUUCGGGCCCCGAAUCAAAAUGGCGGUCUUGUUGUUGUGCUUCCAUGCUUUUGUUGUCCUUAGUGGAGUGAAGGAGAUAUACGGCGAGAACGGAGAUACCUUGGGCUGUUCCAGCCUCGGAAACAUGAUGGAUUGUAGCAGAAUGGGGCUGGUUGAACUACCGGAAAGCUUUCCAUCGUGGGUUACGAGAAUAGAUCUUCAAUCCAAUGGCAUUUCGAGCAUUCAGCAGGAGGCAUUUAGUGGAUUACUCAAAUUAGAGCAGCUAGAUCUAAGCAACAACGAACUGACCUCAAUAAACAAAACAGUAUUCCAGAACUUGCCAGCUUUGAAGAAUGUUAAACUUGGAUACAACAAACUGACUGAAAUCCCAAGGCUCGGGAAGAACUCCAGUGUAACACAUUUAUACCUGCAUCACAACCAUAUUCGUGCUAUUAGCUCCAGUAUACUGGCAGACCUUCCGAAGCUUAGGCUGUUGGAUUUAAACUACAACAGAAUUGUGGAUAUUCAGUGGCACUUUCCCUGUUGGCCUCAGUUCUGCAUCAUCUGUGAAUUCUUAAACAACAACCGUAUUAUGAGCAUGGAGGGAGAACAAAACUUUGGACAAUCUGCUGCAACUGGAAUGGCUCAACUAAACAAGAACAAUUUGUCAAGCUUGCCAAAGGAAAUUUUCAAGGAAUUAAAGAAGCUUAAAUACUUGGAGUUGACAAGAAAUAAAUUCCGUGUUGUGGAAGGGUUGAUGUUCAAUGGUCUUGAUAGCCUUCAGGUGCUGAAGUUGCGGAGGAAUAAAAUCUCUAUUCUUAGGGAUGGAGCAUUUUGGGGCCUCAACUCCAUUCAAAACCUACACUUGGACCACAACAACAUUAGCCGGGUAGAAAAGGGAUGGCUGUAUGGACUGAAGACAGUGGAACAUUUGUCUUUGACGCACAACAACAUUCAGUCCAUUGAAGCAGGUGGUUGGGAAUGCCCAAAGUUGCAGGAGCUGGACUUGAUGUACAACAAACUGACUACCAUCAAUGAGUGGACAUUUCAAGGCCUACCACAACUGAAGUUUAUCUACCUGGAUCAUAAUAACAUCUCCCACAUUGAUGAUGGUGCUUUCAGUGGACUCCGUAAACUUCAUAACCUGGAGAUGAACCAUAAUGAAAUCUCGUGGACAGUGGAGGACAUGAAUGGUGCAUUUUUAGGCCUGGAGUCCCUUGGCAAGCUUGGUCUGAACAGUAACCGAAUCAGGUCUAUUGCUCGUGAAGCAUUUGUGGGCCUAGAAGGACUAAAACAACUACAGCUGACAGACAAUAGCAUCACCUCAAUCCAGGAGAAUGCUUUUCAAGCAAUGGUGGAUCUCCGGGAACUCCACCUGAAUUCCUCCAACUUGCUUUGUGAUUGUAAGCUGUCCUGGUUACCUGUUUGGCUGAAAAGAGCAGGGUUUGAAUCUUCAGUCAAUGGAAUUUGUGCCCACCCCGAAUGGCUGAAGGGAAAGAGUAUCUUCACAAUUGAUCAGGACGACUUCAAAUGCAAGGAUUUUCCCAAACCUAUCAUCAUUCAGCAGCCAAAGUCUGAGAAAGCCCUGAAAGGGGCAAAUGUGACACUGCAGUGUGCAGCAGCAAGUAGUGGUACCUAUCCAACAAAGUGUCAGUGGAGAAAGGACAACGUGAUUAUGACUAAUGCAGACAUUGAGAAUUUUGCUAGCCAGGAAGAUGACAUCACAAAUUAUGUUUCCAAACUUCACCUGCGAAAUAUCCAGGAUGAUGCUGCUGGGAAGUACCAGUGCAUCAUUUCAAACAACUUUGGCCCAGCCUAUUCCAAGAAGGCUGACAUCACUGUUCAUGUGUACCCAUGGUUUACAAAAACUCCCAUCGACGUGACAGUGAAGGCAGGCAGCACUGCCAAGCUGGAGUGUGCAGCCAAGGGCCAGCCUCCUCCUCAGAUUGCCUUCCAGAAAGAUGGGGGAGAUGACUUUCCAGCAGCUAGAGAACGGAGAAUGCAUGUGAUGCCCACAGAUGAAGUCUUUUUCAUUGUUAGUGUGAAGAGCUCAGACGAGGGUGUUUAUAGCUGCACAGCAACCAAUGAUGCUGGGACAAUUAUAGCCAAUGCCAGCCUCACUGUGUUAGAAACCCCAUCAUUUGUGAGACCAAUGGAAGACAAGAAGACCCAGGAGGGGGAGACUACAGUGAUGGAGUGCUUGUCAUCUGGCAGCCCAAAGCCAAGGCUCAACUGGCAGAAAGAUGGACGCCCAUUGGAGAUGACCCAGCGACACUUCUUUACUGCCCAUAACCAGCUUCUGAUUAUUGUCCAAACCCAGCCUAGUGACUCUGGCAAAUACACGUGCAUCAUGUCCAAUACGCUGGGCACGAAGAAGGAUGAGUCCAACCUGGUGGUGAUCACAGCAGCAGGCACAGCGUCCCGUGUGAGCAUUGAUGGUGGGCUUGGUGGGCUGGAUGAUGAGUCUACAACCACAGGGAUUAUAAUCAUUGCUGUUGUCUGCUGUGUGGUCGGAACAUCUCUGGUUUGGGUCAUCAUCAUUUAUCAGACAAGGAAAAGGCACGAGGAGUACAGCACCACGCCUACAGAUGAAACAACAUUACCUGGGGAAGUACCAAGUUCGAGUUGUAAUACCUCAGAGAAAGAAGCCAGCUACCUGACCGGAGCGUUCUCUGUGACCGGAUACCACUACCAUGAUUAUCAGCUUAAAGAAGCCUCUUAUGACCCAGGAGGAGGGCGUGGUUUCCCUGGGGCAACAUUUGGGUGCAGCUCUGCUAAAGGCCGACAUGCGGCUAUAUUUCCAAGAGAUGCAGAUCAGCAGUGCGUUCCCCUCACCCUAGGAGAGCACCAGCCUGCUCAGAACUCUGGGGGUAACAGUGUUUCAAGCCUGCAGUACCCUAACAGUGACACUGACUCCCUGAAAAGUUCCCACAGCACAGACAGCACCCGAAUGAGUGGCCAGGACACCCUACAGCCGUUUCACCCUAUCAGCACAAAUCACGACCGGUUAGAGAACAGCAGCCACGGAGAGGAGCCUGAGACAGUUGUCAUUGUGCACCAGUACCCCAGCCCUUCGUCACUGUCCUCCGGGCAUCCACCCAACCCUACCACAACAUGCUCCUCACCCAACAGCACUGCUCAUGACAGACACCACGGUGCCCAGCCGCCUGGCAAUGCACAAGAGCAUACUUUUCCGUCGGAAGAAGUGCCCAGUGUAUAUAGUAAUGGGGAUGUUAGGGGCACCUAUUCGCACACAGCGCCCUCUGUUGUACAAAGCCACAGUAAUCCUGCCCUCAGGUUAACCUCAUGUCCUAAAGAUAGUGUGAGUGGGGAUUGCCCAGUGAUCACGCGGCCGUUGUCUUAUGUCGGGAUGAUCUCUUAUCCGGUUUCACCUGUAAAUACUCACUACGACCCUCAGUCCCUGGGUUCGUCUUCGCAGACAUGUUCAUGCUCUCAUAAACUCAAGUUAAGAGGCCCUCCAGAGGAGAGCACUCCAUGUGACUGCAUAAAUAGACGCGUGGCAAACUUACAGCAUCCUCUGUCCUCUAUCAUUCCAAACUCGGCCUCCGAUACUACCGCCUCACAUUCGCCACAAAUCCAUGACUCGUCAAACGUACAUCACCCCCCUUACGUAGUGGACCGACCUACUGUGGCUGUAUAGCACACGCAAAUUGGACCUGACCUGGUCAGGCCAGUUUAGGUAUACGUACUGAGUUAUAUUUAUGUAUAUAUAUACCGGCAAGUAAAUAUCUGUGUACAUUUAUGUGUGUCAAGGAAUGGUGCAAGGAGGGUGAAUAUUUGUACGUUUCGUUGUGGCAAAUGUGGAGUUCAAGUGUCGAGGAGUUUGGAGGAAGAAGCUGUGAUGUGAUUCAAUGCAGGGAAAGACUGAAGUCCAGUUCGUCGCACACUGAUUUUUCCCAUAUUCUGUUGUUUUUCUGCUGGUGUGUGCGUUUGUGUGUAUCUUGGUGGUCACAAGUGUGCUAUAGGAAGUUCUCCAUCUAAUAAAGUGCUUGAUCAUUCUGUCAUCCGGAGAAUGACCGGAUAGUACACCAAGGAUGACAGCUGGAGGUUUCUCAUGGAGUUAAACGGGUAUUAGAACUGUAAACCUAACUUAUAUUAAGUUUGUGAAUACGGUUACAUGAUGUGUAUGUUAUUUUUGAGACAGACACAUGAGUCGAGUAAAACAGGCUCACCAAGGAUCUGCCAAGGACCAUACUGAACUUGUACAAUUUAGAAGUGAAACUGCAAGUGCUGUGCUUUUGGACUGACUGACAGCUGUAUCCAUCCACCUGGGUUACCAGAGGGUAAUUUCUUAAUGCAUCUCUCAGCUGCCAUGGCAGGACCAUAUCAACUGAAAAGGUCUCUAGCAGAUAGCUAGGGAGGGUGGGGUAGAUUUAGGGUGGGAUAGAUGUUUUGUUUGGGGGGGUGCAGGGGUGUUAGUAAAUCAAGAACAAGGCCUGCUUUGUCAACUGGCCUAUGAGCAGCCCUGGAAUUUUGCAACGAGAAAAAUCUAACAUGUGUGAUUUAUGUAUCUAUAUUGUACAUAUUUGAUAGGUACCACACAAUGGCGAGAAGGCCGGCAAUGAAGAUGUCUACUUUGACUGAUAUGAUUGAAGGGUAAUCCUCUCCUAAUGUUUGUCUCCAGUUGUCUGCCCCUUGUUGGGAGUGCCAUAGCAAUACGUUCUGACUGCUCGGGGAUUUCUGCCCGUAGUAUUCAAUGUUAUGUUUGUCAUUGUCUUUUCAGGUAAUUUUUUUGUGAAUUUUUUCAAAUCGGCCAGAAUUAAUCAUUUCAAAGUACAUGAUGUAGCCACUAAUCACUUGCUAAAUUUUCACACCUUAGAUUGUAUUUCAAAGAAGAACUGGAAUUAAUUUCAGAUACCUCUUCCAUGAGAAUUAAUUUUGCAUUAAAAGAGCUGACAUUUGUGAUUUUCCCCUCUUUAAAUGAAUGUUUUAUAAGGUUAAUUGUUGUGCAUUAGCAAAGCUUCAGUGGCAAUGAUACUGCUUUCUGACUGUUUUGAGAUACAGCUGUUUAUUCUCUGUAACUUACUUUGUUAGUUCAUCUCUUGUUGCUAUCGCAGGCCGAUACAUUUUUCGAGUUAUACUACUGUUCUGAUUUUAUGACAUUUUAUAAGCCUCUGUUAAUGUUUGAUUCACUUGAGCUUUGUUAAUUAUUGGUAAGAAUAGGGAGGGACUAUAGGCAAGUAUGAGCAUAAUACCCUUAAAGCUACGGUGCCUGUGGUCAGGGUUUGGGGGCGAGGGGAGUAGCACUUUAAAGAAGAGCCAUAAUAAGGAAAAUCUACUUCUCACUGCAGUGUACUUGGCAGGGGCUGUGAUACAGGACGUUACCUGUAAGAAAGAGAAAGGAACACAUUUUGACAUAAUCAAAGGGAAAUCCAAUAGAUGGUAGACAAAGAGCACAAUUGGCUAUUUUUAAGGAUAAAUAAGUACAAGGGUAGAAAUUGUUGUUUCUGUACGCAACUUUGUACAGAGUUGUAUGUAGUAUAAUCCACUACCUCAAUUUUAGAUAUGUUUUCUUUAAAUCCAACAUGCUGUUUUGCAGUUUUGGUGCUGUUCUGACUUAGGAUUUAAAUUGUUAUUGAUUAGUAUUGCAUUUUAGACUGUGUUGUAGAAUUUUCUGGUAAAUUCCUAAAUUUUAUGAUUAAAGUUUGUUGUUCUGCCAGUGAUCCAUUCAUUCAGCAAUGCUGGCCUGAAUAAUCAAUAUGAAAUCUUGUUUAGGUGUGCCAUUAGAGUUGUGGUUCAUAUGUACCUGUCGGUAACAAAGUGCUUACAUUUAUUUUUAUAACUUUGGUGAAAACCCAGAUCCCUACUUCUGAGUAGACCUAUCUGUUUGCUUCAGAAGGGAUAGUGCUCUGUCCAAAAAGGUUACCACAUCAAGACUGAGUAAGGAGGGAGAUGGGUAAAGAAGGGGUUGGGACUGCAAACAUAUUGUAGUAAUUGGGAUUUGUUAUAUAAAAAUAAAUAUAUAUAUUAUAUAUAUAUAUAUGAUAUGCUAUAGACAAACACAUGUAUUG